CUCCUCUGUUCCUUCCUAUUGGACCACCUCGCCCCUCGUUUGCCUCUUCAUUCUCAAACGCAAAACUCAUCUCACACUGGCCAGGGGAGCGUCCUGCUCGAGGGAAAGAACAAAUUCCUUAAUUUCUGGUUUACGGUGUUUUUUGGGUAGAUGGCUUUUCGAGGUCGGGGGCGGGGGAGGGGAUAUGGAGGCGCCGGUGGCUAUGGAUUUGCCAAACAAGAGCCAUUUGAGCUUUUCCCUGAUAUUGAAUUGCCUAACAUCAAAAGCGUGCAUAAGGAAGAAACCCUAGUUAGGGAGAGUGUAAAGUUGCAAAAUUUUUGGAAGGCCUCUGCUUAUUAUCUUGACGAGACUGUUUCUAAAAAUAGCCGAAGCACAGAGAUAGAGAGAUAUUCUGACAUGACAAAACCAAAGACUACAAUAACUCGUGAUUCUAUUUCACAAAUUUUAGAGCUUAAAAGAUUUCCUCAAGAACUGAUCGGAGGUUCAAAGGGGCAACGGCCAAGUCAGAAAAAAGUUAGAUGGAAUCCAGAGUCAGAGCUGCAGAAGCUAGAUUAUUUAGAAAAGCUUGAACAAAGGGCUCAGGGCCAAGAGAAUAAAGAUGAAAAGGAAAAGAAAGAAGGCGAAAAUGAAGAUGAAGAUGAAAACGAUGGAGAAGAAGACAUUGAGGAAGAACCUAGUGAUGAUGAUUAUUUUCAGAAUGUCGAGUUUGAUGAUGACGACGAUGAUUUUAACGAUGUUGAUGAUGGUGGGGAAGAUGAAGGUACUUUUUAAUUGAUACGGAAAGAAUUUUCUUCUGGUCUUCUUUAGCAGCUUGAGGCAGGUUUCGCGUAUAUGGAAGUAUUCCUUUUCUUAAUUGAAUUAAUUUGGGAUCUUAAAGUUCACCUUGUCACCAUAUGAGGCUUCUAAUGUAUGAAUUUCCUGUUUGACAAAGAUGUAGAGAAGUGAAGUUUUAGUC